AUGAAGUUAUUCAAUCUACUUCUUUUCUGGUGCUCGGUCUUGUCCACCCACGUACUAGCCGACAACAAUGCCGCUCCCUUCGAGCUUCUGCACUAUUACUACGUGUACAAAAUGGAAUGGGACGCGGGAGUUGAAAAAACUAUUGCCCCUGGCUGUGCCACUGAGCAUAAGGAGAUGUGUUUUUUUGACCAGUUCGCAAGGUAUCUCAUAGGAAAGAAGUGGAAGGCUGCCUACCGACCCGGCAACGCCGAUCAUACCAAAACCCCGGGUUGGGACGCUGCCAAUAGGUUAUCGACUGGUAUGCCCAGAUCUGCACGGUACAAACUAGAUGAUCUGCUACCUUCCAUCAAAGCCGAUGAAAAAAAUUUUCCCCUCGUCUUUGAGACUGUUCUUAACUCCGCCAACACUGCUAUCGCAAACGGAAAAGGAAACGUGAAGAACGAUGAUGUGAAACAAGCGGUAGAAUGGGCCCAGGAAGUCAAGGACAUGCGCUAUCAGGCUGUCUUGAAAGUCGAAAUAAAAGUGCUGGAAAAUCUCCUUGGCAAAGAGGCAUAUGGUCGUUGGGUAGUUUUCGGGGGGGAGUUUUCAAUCGAUUGGGAUGCUACCUUGGAAGAGAUCGACGACGGGGUUGAUUCUAAAGAGCUCAGUGACGAAGAUGGGAAAAGGCUCAAGAAGAUCAUUAAUGAUUUUUCUGAGACAUUUGAGGAUCGCAUUGCUACCGGACACAUUUCCGACAUCAAUCACCUGAAUAUAAUGAGGGCUCUUGAGACUUCCAUCACUGCUUUAAAGGAGGUAAUUGAAGAAAGUUCUUCUGAGAGUGAUGACUCCAGUCCAAAGUCCGUACCAGCUGAUACGUGUGAUAACAUUGAGUUCGCCUUCGACUCAGACUGA